UAUUACCAGCUAUGGGAGAUGAGCCAGUCAUGGAUCCUCCGCAGCCUGGGUCUCCGAAGAGGAAGCGCAAUGACAACGAUGGACACAGCGAAGGUGGUGAAAAGGUUCAUCACAAACGACAGAAGCAUCCUGGAUCCCGCGGUAAAAAGUCGUCCGCUCAGCGAGGUUCUCGGGGAAAUUCGAGAAGGCCUACUGGGCGGAACGAAUAUUUUCGCCAAAAUGUAGAUAAAAGGGAUCGAAACACCGCAAGGCAGGCCAAACGAGAUCAGGAUGCAGAGAAUGGCGACGGCGAAGUGGGGAAAUCCCACCUCCCUCCAGCGUUCAGUGCGGAAGAAAUUGCAGAGGAGUCGCGUCGUCCGAAGCGGAAAGUUGCAGUUCUACUCAGCUACUCUGGGAGCGGAUACAAAGGCAUGCAGAUCAUGCCAAACGAACGAACCAUUGAAGGCGACUUGUUCUCGGCAUUUGUGUCUGCGGGCGCUAUUUCAAAAGCCAAUGCCAAUGAUCCCAAGAAAAGCACUCUUGUCCGAUGCGCCAGGACCGACAAAGGUGUUCAUGCCGCCGGGAAUGUGGUAUCUCUCAAACUCAUCGUGGAAGACGAGGAUAUCGUCGAAAAGAUCAACACCCACCUCCCUCCUCAAAUCCGGGUUUGGGGAUUCCUACGAACGAUUGGAAGCUUUAGUUGCUACGCGGCAUGUGACUCACGGUGGUACGAAUACCUCAUCCCAACGCACUGCUUCCUACCUCCCAAUCCUGCCUCAUUCCUCGGGAAGAAGAUCGUAGAGCUCGCGAAAGAAGCAGAUGACGUUGAAGGCUACCAGUCCCGUCAAGGAGCGGAAAAGGACUUCUGGAAGUUUGCCGAAGAGAAGCACGUCGCUCCGAUCCUGGCGCGUUUGGAUGACAAUCUAAGAUCUCUCAUCAACAAGGCCCUCUACGAGGAGGAGAAUGUCGGCGAGUUCGAGGCGUUCGAAGCGAUACAAAAGAAGGAGGCCAAAAUGGAGGAAGAGGCCUUGAACAAAGCGGGCACAAGCGGCCAGGAGCAGUCGGCGCCAGAUCAACCCACCAAUGACGAAGCCACCGAACCUCGAAAACCCUCCACCAUAAAGAUUGCCGGCACAUCCAUCAAGACUGUCGAUCUCAGCGGUGAGCAGCAGGCUUCGCUGGAUCAAGCCAUCAAAGACAUCAAAGAGGCUCACUAUCAUGCCAAAGCAGAGUACCGUAUCACACCGGAACGGCUCGAACGGGUGAAGUUGGCCUUCAGCCAGUACAAAGGCACGAGCAACUACCACAACUAUACGGUCCGGAAGAUGGCAACCGAUCCAUCCGCCAAGCGCCACAUGAAGUCUUUCGAGGUCAAUGGAGAUCCGAUGAUCCUCAGCGGGACCGAAUGGAUCUCCCUGAAGGUGCACGGGCAAAGCUUUAUGAUGCACCAGAUCCGGAAAAUGGUCAGCAUGGCGGCAUUGAUCGUCCGUUGCGGUACGCCUGUUGUGCGGAUACCUGAAAGCUUUGAACAUACGACCAUUGCGAUCCCUAAGGCGCCCGGACUCGGACUACUGCUCGAGAGGCCGAUCUUCGAUACGUACAAUAAGAUCCAAGCCGAAAAGUUCGACAAAGAGCCCAUUGACUUCUCGAAGUACGAUGCUCAGAUCCAGGAGUUCAAGCAGAGGGAGAUUUACAACCGCAUCUUCGAAGAGGAUGCCAAGGAUCACACUUUCUACAACUUCUUCUCUCAUGUUGAUGGGUAUAAAGAAUCGUCCUUCUUGUACUUGAGUUCUAAAGGCUUCGAUGCGGUCAAAGCUGCACGAGUUGCUCCGGGAAGAAAAUCCGUGGAGAAGGCACUGGUGGAAGCCUCGGACUCGGAAGAAGAGCGAAUGGCGAGGGGUGGCGAGGAAGGCUAGACACAUAAGGGCUGUCGCGCAAGUUUGGGCCGAUGCAUCAUUUAUAUGAGUGGACUGGAGAAACAUGGAAGAUAGCAAUCAUGGUUGACUUGAUUGCGACCUAUUAGACAUACAAAAUCCCGCAAGGAAAUCCUUGGGUUCUUGCAACUGAUACGGGAUACAGUAGCCUCAAAUCAGUCAUCCAGCCUAGUCUUUUUAAUGCAGCCACCGUAGAGAAUGCCCAUGAAUGCACGGAAACUUU